GGCGGCGCGGGCCGUGAGUGUGCGCUUUUGAGCGGCGGCGGCGGCGAGGCUCCCGCCGGCAUGAGCUACGACCGCGCCAUCACCGUCUUCUCGCCCGACGGUCACCUCUUCCAAGUGGAGUACGCGCAGGAGGCCGUCAAGAAGGGCUCGACGGCGGUUGGUGUUCGAGGAAGGGACAUUGUUGUUCUUGGUGUGGAAAAAAAAUCAGUGGCCAAACUACAAGAUGAAAGAACAGUGCGGAAGAUCUGUGCUCUGGAUGACAAUGUCUGCAUGGCCUUUGCAGGCCUCACUGCAGAUGCAAGGAUAGUCAUCAACAGGGCCCGGGUAGAGUGCCAGAGUCACCGGCUGACUGUGGAGGACCCAGUCACAGUGGAGUACAUCACCCGCUACAUCGCCAGUCUGAAGCAGCGUUACACACAGAGCAACGGGCGCAGACCAUUUGGCAUCUCUGCCCUUAUUGUGGGGUUUGACUUUGACGGCACUCCCAGGCUCUAUCAGACAGACCCCUCAGGCACAUACCAUGCAUGGAAGGCCAAUGCCAUAGGCCGGGGGGCCAAGUCAGUACGUGAGUUCCUGGAGAAGAACUAUACUGAUGAAGCCAUCGAGACAGAUGACCUGACCAUCAAGCUGGUGAUCAAGGCACUCUUGGAAGUGGUCCAGUCUGGUGGCAAAAACAUUGAACUUGCUGUCAUGAGGCGAGAUCAGCCCCUCAAGAUUCUAAAUCCUGAAGAAAUUGAGAAAUAUGUUGCUGAGAUUGAAAAAGAAAAAGAAGAAAAUGAAAAGAAGAAACAGAAGAAAGCAGCAUCAUGAUGAAAUAAGAUUGGAGCAGCUUUUAACGUCAAUCAUGAACCAGUUGUGGUGACAUGUAGGCCUUCCUUCCCAUCCUCUUGCCCAUCCCUGAGUGCCCAAUAAACAUCCCCAUUUUUUAUCCUU